AUGGAGAAUGGCACAGCACAUUCAGAACACCCACCGGCCGAAGCUGGUGCAAUGGUGGACGUGGACCUCCGCACGGCGGCGUCGUUCGUGGUGGCUGCGGUGGCCCUCUACUUCCUGGUUGAGCAGCUGUCCUACCACCGCAAGAAGGGGGCGCUGCCAGGGCCGCCGUUGGUGGUGCCUUUCCUUGGCAGCGUGGUGCACAUGUUCCGCGAUCCAGCGCGGUACUGGGAGGUGAAGGCGGCGCAAGCAAAGGAGUCGGGCCUCGGGUUCGCCGCCGACUGGUUGUUCGGCUACUUCAUCGUCUUCAUCCGCGACUCGGAGCUGUCCCACCGCGUGUUUGCAAACGUUCGCCCCGACGCCUUCCAGUUAACGGGCCACCCUUUUGGGCGUAAGCUCUGGGGGGCGGACAACAUCAUCUACAAGUUCGGCGACGAGCACAAGGAGCUGCGGCGCAGGAUCGCGCCUAACUUCACGUCGCGUGCGCUUUCCACCUACGCGGCAAUCCAACAACGCGUCAUCCUCGGCCACCUCCGGAGGUGGCUCGACCGAAGCGCCGCAGCUGACAACAAGUCCAUGCCGCUGCUUGUGCCCUUCCGCGACAUGAACCUAGAGACCUCGCAGGCGGUGAUGGUAGGGCCGUACCUCACCGAGGAGACGACAGAGAUGCUCCGCAAGGACUACAACAUCUUCAUUGACGGGAUCGUGGCCGUUCCCGUGGACCUGCCAGGGUUUGUGUUCCGGCGCGCGAGGCUGGCCGGGGAGCGACUCAGGCGCCUACUGGCGGAGUGCGCGCGGGAGAGCAAGGCCCGCAUGCGCGCCGGCGGCAAACCGGAGUGCCUUGCGGACUACGGGAUUCAGGAGAUGGUUCGACACAUAGAUGAGGCCGCCAAUGCAGGACUGCCUCCGCCGGCCAACACCUCAGACGAGAAUGUCGGGUCCUACCUCUUCGACUUCCUCUUCGCCGCCCAGGACAAUGUCACCUCCUUGCUUUGCUCGGCAGUCUCCGCCCUGGAGACCCACCCGAACGUAGUGGCCCGCGUGCGCGCCGAGGUUGUCACGGUCUGGUCGCCCGAGUCCGGCGAGCUCAUCACCGCGGAGAUGAUCCAGGAGAUGAAGUACACGCAGGCGGUGGCGCGCGAGGUGGUCCGGCACCGCCCACCAGGGCCGCUGGCGCCGCACAUUGCCCUCCAGCCCUUCCAGCUGACGGAGUGGUACACAGUGCCCAAGGGCGCCAUGGUGUUCCCGUCCGUCUACGAGUCCUCCUUCCAGGGCUUCCACUCGCCGGAAACCUUCGACCCAGAUCGGUUUUUCUCCGACUCGCGCAGGGAGGACGUGACAUACAAGCGCAACUUCCUAGCCUUCGGCGCCGGAGCGCACCAGUGCGUCGGUCAGAGGUACGCACUGUACCACCUCACGCUCUUCAUUGCCUUGUUCGUGACCGUCGCAGAGUUCCAGCGAGACAGGACAGAGGGGUGUGACGACCUGUUGUACGUGCCCACCGUCGUGCCCAGGGAUGGCUGCGCUGUGUACCUGAAGCAGCGCUGCCCUAGCGUCCCAUCCUUUUCCUUGUGA